AUGAGACAAUAUAAUUCAGUUUCUAUUAAACUUUAUAGCACUUAAUAGCCAAUUUUCUUCGAAUUAGAAAAAAUAGUCACAAGUUUAUAUUUAAUAAAGGGGUUUUUUUUUCAAAUUAAUUAUGCUUUUUUUUAUUUUAAUUAUUAUUGCAAUUGGUCUAGGUAUUUAUCAUAUUUCUAUUCAUUAUAGUCGACAUGGAAGACUUUUAAAUAAAUUUCCAGGACCACCAAUAUUUCCAGUAAUAGGAACAUUAGAACUUUUGGGACUUUCCCCAACUGAAAUCUGGAAUAAAGCACGAUACCUUGGUCGUACAUAUUAUCCAAUUAAUCGACUUUGGUUGGCUCAUUAUCGUUCAGUUAAUAUUUUUAAUCCAUACGAUGCAGAGAUUUUAUUAUCCAAUAUGAAACAUAUUGAGAAGAGUCAUCUUUAUGAUUUUUUACAUCCUUGGCUAAAAACUGGUUUAUUGACUAGUACAGGUAAAAAAUGGCAAACUCGACGUAAAAUGUUAACGCCCGCAUUUCAUUUCAGUGUUUUAUAUCAGUUUGUCGAUAUUUUUAUGGAACAGGGAAAUAAUCUUGUGGAAAAUUUAAAAUCUCAGGGAGAUGAAUCUGUACAGAAUCUUGUACAUUUUUUUACAAAAUACACACUAAAUACUAUUUGUGAAACUGCAAUGGGUACUGUUCUUCAUGAAGCAGAUAUUCAAAAUUCUUAUAGAACAGCUCUUACCAAAUUAGUGGAAAUUAUGCUUUAUAGAGCAUUUAGGCCAUGGUUGCACAACAAAUGGAUUUUUAAAUUACUAUCAAAUGGAAAGGAAUAUGAGAAAUAUUUGUCAGUACUUCAUAAUUUUUCCAGAAAGAUAAUAAAAGAAAGAAAAGAAUAUCAUGAGGAAACGGAAAAUCAAUAUCUAAAAUCAAUUUCAACAAAUAAUCAAUUAAUUUCAUCAGUUGUUGUUGAUGAUGAUGGAAUAAAAGGUCAAAAAAAAAGAAUGGCAAUGUUGGAUCAUUUAAUUGCAGCUCAAAAAUUUGGUAAACAAAUUGAUGACGAAGGUAUUCGAGAAGAAGUUGAUACUUUUAUAUUCGAGGGACACGACACCACAGCAAUGGCAAUGUGUUUUGCUGUUUUAAUGUUGGCUGAACAUAAAGAUGUUCAGGAUCGAGUGAGAAAGGAGGUCGAUUAUUUACUUGAUGGAAAAAAUGGCAAAAUUACUUCAGCGGAAGUGCAAAAUAUGAAUUAUCUUGAACAAUGUAUUAAAGAGACAUUACGACUUUAUCCAAGUGUACCAUUUAUAGCUCGUAAAGUUAAUGAAGAUCUUCAAUUAAAACAUUGUUUCAUACCGGCUGGUACUAUUGUCGAUUUACACAUUUUUGAUCUUCAUCGAGAUCCAAAUUUUUGGCCAAAUCCAGAAAAAUAUGAUCCCGAUAGAUUUUUGCCUGAGAAAAUGCAUAAUCGUCAUCCAUUUAGUUACGUUCCCUUUAGUGGUGGUCCACGCAAUUGUAUAGGUCAAAGAUUUGCCAUGUUGGAACUUAAAGCACUUUUGGCACAUUUGAUAUAUAAUUUUAUUUUUGAACCUAUUGAUAAUUCACAAGAUAUAAUUUUUACCGCGGAUUUAGUUUUAAGAACUGAAUCACCAAUUCGUGUGAAAUUCAUUUCCAGAAUUAAAGAAAAAUUUGAUUACAAAAAAAAAAUGUUUGUUUUAUUAUUAAUUGUAACGAUAUGUUUAGGAUUCUAUCAUUAUUAUACUCGAUAUGGUAGAAUUGGAAGAGAAUUAAUUAAAUUACAUGGACCAUUUAUAUUUCCUUUUAUAGGAAAUCUUCAUUUGUUUUUCGGAACUCCGAAGGAACUGUGGCAUUUAACAAGAUGGAUUAAUAAAACAUAUUCGCCAAUUAAUAGAAUUUGGUUAGUUCAUUAUCCCGCGGUAAAUCUUUUUCAUCCAGACGAUGCAGAGAUUUUAUUAUCUAGCAUGAGACACAUUGAAAAAAGUAGAAUUUACAAUUUUUUACACCUUUGGCUAAAAACUGGAUUACUCACAAGCACAGGCAAAAAAUGGCAACAUCGACGUAAAAUGUUGACACCUGCUUUUCAUUUUCGUGUUCUUGAACAAUUUUUGGAUAUUUUUAUUGAAGAAGGAAAUAAACUUGUGGAAAAUUUAAAAUUAUCAACUAACGAAAAUAUUCAUGAUAUUGUGCCACUAUUUACUAAACAUACUCUAAAUGCAAUUUGUGAAACUGCAAUGGGAACUUCUUUAAAUGAAGCAGAUAUGCAAAAUGUAUACAGAUCAGCCCUUAACAAUAUUAUAGAAGUUAUAAUUCAUAGAUUAUUUAGACCCUGGUUAUUUGAUGAUUUUAUUUUUAAAUUAGUUCCAAGUGGAAGAACAUUUAUGAAAUAUUUGCCAAUUCUUCAUAAUUUUUCCCAUAAAAUAAUAGAAGAAAGAAAAGAAUAUCAUGAGCAAACUAAAAAUCGAUAUUUAAAAUCAAUUAUAUCAGAAGAUAAACCAUUAAUUCCGUUAAUUGAUGAAACAAAAGGUAAUAAAAAAAGAAUGGCAAUGUUGGAUCAUUUAAUUGCAGCCCAAAAAUUUGGUAAACAAAUUAAUGACGAAGGUAUACGUGAAGAAGUUGAUACAUUUAUUUUUGAGGGACAUGAUACAACUGCAAUGGCCUUCUGUUUCUCAAUGCUAAUGCUUGCUGAACAUAAAGAAUGCCAGGACCAAGCGAGAAAAGAAGUGGAUCAAGUUUUAAAUAAUGAAAGGAAUGGAAAAUUAUGUAUGGCAGAUGUGCAACGAUUAACAUAUCUUGAACAAUGCAUUAAGGAAACUUUACGUUUAUAUCCCAGUGUUCCUUUCAUAUCGCGAAAAAUUAAUGAAGAUCUUCAAUUAAAGAAUGUUAACAUUCCGGCUGGAUGCAGUGCUCAUUUGCAUAUUUUUGAUUUGCACAGAAAUCCCGAUUUUUGGCCAGAACCAAAUAAAUUUAAUCCCGAAAGAUUUUUACCAGAAGAAAUAAAUAAACGACAUCCAUUCAGCUAUAUACCAUUUAGCGGUGGUCCACGUAAUUGUAUAGGUCAAAAAUUUGCAAUGCUCGAGUUAAAAGUGAUUUUAGCGUAUUUACUACAUAAUUUCAUCUUUGAAGCUAUUGAUCAUUCAAAAGAUGUUAUUUUUACUUCAGAUUUAGUUUUAAGACCCGACAUGCCUGUUCGAGUGAAAUUCAUCACUCGGAAAAAAUAAUUUUCAAAAUGGAGGACCCAAUAUGGUCGACCAGGGGCGUCCAAAGAAAUCACUUAUGUGGGGGCUUUUUCACUUUUUUUUGUGAAAAAAAUACUAAAAAUGUUUUUUUUUUUUGCCAAAUAUAUUUGAAAAUACAAUUUUUUUUAAAAUUAAGACAAUGGUAACAUAAAAAAUUUGUUAAUAAAUCAUUUUAAUUUAA